ACGUUUCACAUUUCAGAUGUUAUAUUUUCCACAUUUUUCUAUUUAUAAUAUACAUUGUAUAUAAAUAUUUAUGCUUAAAAUUUAAAAUUUGUUGUUAUUUUUUCAACAAAGGAAGAUGAGUACAUUAUCUCGUUUACAGAAGUAUGCAUUAUCCAGUAUUGGUGCUUUAAGUGGUUUUGCAUUUGUUUAUUAUGCAUUAGAUUCAGGAAAAAUUAAUAAUAAAUUGUAUAAAAGUUCUACUGCUAUAAGUAAUUCAGUAAAUUGGGACUACAAUUGGGAUAGGCGAGACCCAAAAAGUUUAGUAAAACCAGUAAAAUUAACAACCCCAGAAGGUGAAAAUGAAUAUAAUAAAAAAUGUGAAGCUAAAAAAUCAAAGGCUGUUCGACAUUUAAUACUCAUUAGACACGGUCAAUAUAAUCGUCAAGGAAAUACAGAUGAAGAAAAAAUUCUUACAAUACUUGGUAGAAAGCAAGCUGAACUGACUGGUAAACGCUUAGCCGAAUUAGGUUUGCCUUAUUCCUUAAUCGUAAAAUCGACAAUGAAAAGAGCACAAGAGACUUCGUCGAUUAUUGAACAAUUUCUUCCAAAUGUAAAAACUGCUAGUGACAGUAUGAUUGUGGAAGGUUAUCCAAUACCUCCAGAACCUCCAAUAAGUUCCUGGAAACCUGAAGUUUCUAUUUUUCAAGAUGGUUCACGAAUAGAAUCAGCGUUCCGAAAGUAUUUUCAUAGAGCACAUGAAAAUCAAACAGAUGAUUCUUAUACAGUUCUUGUUUGUCAUGCUAAUGUGAUUCGAUAUUUUGUUUGCAGAGCAUUACAAUUUCCACCAGAAGCUUGGUUACGUAUUUCUCUUAAACAUGCUAGUAUUACUUGGUUAACAAUUCAUCCAACUGGAAAGGUACAUAUAAAAUGCCUUGGAGAUGCUGGUCAUUUGCCACAGGAUUUUUUGACAACUAGUACUUAAAUAUUUUUUAUGUCAUUUUUAAAGAAAAACACAUUUACCAUGUUUCACAUUAUAAUUAAAUAUAAUUUUUAAUAGAAAA